AUGAAACUUGUGGAGGAAAUAAACUGGAAGACUUACAACCCAAAUGUUUACUUUACAAGCGUAAAUGCUGCGAAUCCGGCAUCAAGGAAUAGGAUCUCUAAAACCACAUCAUCUGCUGGAUUCAGAAACAACAAGCGAAUAAACUAUUCACUAGCAGAUUUGGAGGUCAGAUUGUAUUCGCAACAAGAUAGCGCGACUAAACAGGCUAACGGUUCGAAAAGCGAUUCUGGCAAAAAAACUGCUGCCGAACGUCAUAAUCAGCAGGAAGUGUUGAAGUCCAGGAGGCGUCUCUUGGAAAUCGACACUGAAAACCCACACGAUACAUCAGAUGUACCGCAUUUGAUGAGCAGUUUAACUGGGCUCACGAGAGACCGAAUAGAUUCGGCCGGAGGCGGGUCAACGUCACAAGGACUCUCCUCCAGUAUUAAUCGUCCAAGCAAAAACAAAUUUGAUAUCCCUAAAAAUCUAGAUAUGCUGUAUCGGUCGGUUAAACCACCGGUUCCCAAGCGUAAGAACACCAACCGGGUUGUUGCGCUGAAAAAGACACUGUCGUCGCGGAGGCCGUUGAUGAGUUUUUUGGACACGCUAGAUCAAGUGAACAAGAGCAUCAUUUGCCACAACGUCUACAACAAAAAAUAUUACAAAGUGCUUCCCGUGAUCACGGUGUGCUCAAUCUGCGGAGGAUACAAUAGCAUAUCGAGUUGCGUGCGGUGUGGUAACAAAAUUUGCAGCUUGCGCUGCUUUACAUUGCAUAACGAAACCAGAUGCACAAUGUAG